ACCAUAUAAUUGUGGGUUUACUUCUGGGCUCUCUGUUCUGUUCCAUUAAUCUACGUGUCUGUUUUUGUGCUAGUGCUAUACUGUUUGGAUUUCUACAGCUUUGUGGUGAAUCUUGAAAUCUGGGAUUGUGAUAACCUUCAGCGUUGUUCUUCUUUUUCAAGAUUGCUUUGGCCAUUUGGGGUCUUUUGCGAUUCCGUAUGAAUUUUAAGAUUGUUUGUUCUAGUUUUGUGAAAAAUGCUGUUGGUAUUUUGAUAGGGAUUUGCCUUGAAUCUGUAGAUUGCUUUGCUCUGUCCUAUGGUUUUAACUUGCAUGUUAGCCUCAGAGGUAUUCUGAUUUUUUUUUGAAGGUCUAUCUUUGGGGCCCACUAGCAGUUUCAUUAACUGAUAUAAAUCAGGGAACCCAGGAGACUAUCCCUCACAGGCCAGUCUGAAUCGAUCACUAAAUUCUACUCUGUUCUUACAGGUCUGGAAAGUCUUUAAGAGUAGCGUGUAGAUCUGAACAAGAGCAGGCCUUGUUCAGCUAGGCACUCAGUUGUUGACCUUCCAGGACAGUCGGAGAAGGGCAGUAAUCUAGGUCAGAGUGGGUAUCUGGGAGCUGGAGAGUUUAAUGGAGCCACAGAGGGUAGAAGAGAGGGAGUAGGGGCUGAAGUGGGGGAUGAAAGGAAUCUACAAAAUAAAGAGGAAUAGUGAGUAGGGGAAAGAACUGGGAUGGCACCCAUGAGGGUUCUGGUGAGGAAAGGUUGUGAGGUUUAGUUGGGGGUGAAGGAGGAACAGGAGGGGUGGACUGGUAGUGAGAGAGAGAGUCCUUAAGGGACUACCCAGUUUGGGUGAGAUUAGAGGUAUUUUCUCAUUUUUCAACCUCUUUGUACCAAACAAAAUAAGCUGACCAUUGGUGAAAAGAGAUCUUAGAGCCCCAAGAUUUGAGGGUGCUUCAAAAACAAACACGUUUAGGGAGAUCUCAAAUGCCCCAACGGGGACAUUGGAGUUCUCAGUUGUCCUUAGUUAUAAAAUUAGGCUAUUUUUGGAGACAGUGAAUUGUUGCCAUAGCAGUGAGGCAUAUAAUUGGCAGGAGUUUUAUGAAGGGGUAGAGAACUGGACUGAGAGUUUCAAACGAGUACCAAGGUUAAAUAAAAUCCAGCAACAAUAUAAAACCAAAAGAAGAAUGAAAAUCACAUCCUUAGUAUACAACUACGGUUGGUGCCCAGAGCGCAGGGAUCAGGAGCUGAGCUCAUCGUGGGCUCCGUGGAUCACCAGGCAGGGAAGGGACACAGUGUGCUCACAGCGGCCUCACUACCUGGGUGGGGAAGAUGGGGUUCUGGAGAUAGGUUUCCAGUCCUAUUCAGGUCAAGGCACCAAACUGCCCCAGGCAAAAACUGAGCGAGCAAGAAAAUUGAUUUUGUUCAGGCUAUCGCAAUUGAGAGAGCACUUAAGAUCUGAACAUCGGAGUGUCUUGGCAGGGUGGUUUUGUGUUUUACUUUCACAGGGAGGAGUAAACAAGUUAUAGUGGGGAGAUUUAUGGGUGGGAUUGUUCUAGCAAGCAGUCAGCUGAAAAAGAAAUGUUUAUCUUUGUGUCUGCCUAGUUUAAGAGGGACCGAUUUCUCAUCUCAGUUAAUCAUUUAUGAGACAACAGGGAGUUGGAGGGUCUGUUCUGGCCUUGCCCACGGGUUCAGGGAAAAGGGGAAAGGUCUACAUUUAGCCUUGUCAUGGGUAAACAAGGGAGUCAUUUGAGAAUCUUCUGGGAGUCAUGAGAAAGAGUGGUCAGCCAGCCUUAUCUAAGUUAUAUGGGAAGAAUGACUUUUUUGGUGGCAAGUCACUUCUGGAGGAAGAACAUGAACAGGUCUCCGUGUCAUUCGAGGAUGUGACUGUGGACUUCAGCAGGGAGGAGUGGCAGCAACUGGACCCUGCUCAGAGGCGCCUGUACCAGGAUGUGACGCUGGAGAACUACAGUCACCUGCUGUCAGUGGCAGGGUAUGAAGUUCCCAAACCAGAGAUCAUCUUCAAGUUGGAACAAGGAGAGGAACCAUGGAUUUUGGAGAGAAAAACCCCACAUCAGAGCUGUUCAGAUGGGAGGUUUGGGAUUAAGACCUCACAAAAAAGAAUUUCUGGAAAAGCUUCGUUUCAUAGUGAAGACACAAGAGAUGAUUCAUUGUAUUCCAUUUUAGAAGAACUGUGGCAAGAUUCUGAACAGAUAAAAAGAUAUCAGGAAAAACAGAGCAAACCUCUGAGUCAUGCUGCUUUCAUCAAUAAGAAAAUACUGAAUACAGAAUGGGAUUUUGAAUAUAAAGACAGUGGAAAAUUUGUUCAUCCAAAUGCAAAUCGUAUUCUUUCACCAAAAAGACCCCAUAAAUGUGACUCAUUUGGAAAGAGUUUUAGGCAUCAUUUAGACAUACAUAUUCCUAGUAAAAACAGUGCAACAAAGAACUUUGAUAAGAACAUUGGACAUGGUCAAGUGUUUACGCAGAGUUCUUCUUAUACCAACCACGAAAAUACUCAUACAGGAGUGCAGUUCUGUGAAAGUAAUCAGUGUGGGAAAGUCGUCAGUCUCAAGCAAGCACUCAGUCACAAUCUGAAAUUUCCUGUUGGAGAGAAAGCAGAUAUGUGUUCUGAACUCGGGAAGAUCUUCACCCAGAAGUCACACCUCUUUGCACCUCAGAGAAUCCACACUAUGGAAAAACCUCAUGAACUUAGCAAAUGUGUUGAUGUGUUUACACAGAAGCCACUACUCAGUAUAUAUCUGAGAGUUCACAGAGAUGAAAAACUAUAUAUAUGUACCGAAUGUGGGAAGGCAUUCAUCCAGAAUUCAGAAUUAAUCAUGCAUAAGAAAACUCAUACUAGAGAAAAACCCUAUAAAUGCAAUGAAUGUGGAAAAUCAUUUUUUCAGGUGUCCUCUCUACUUAGGCACCAGACAACUCACACUGGAGAAAAACUCUAUGAAUGCAGUGAAUGUGGGAAAGGCUUCUCCCUGAACUCAGCCCUCAAUGUACAUCAAAAAAUUCAUACAGGAGAGAGACACCACAAAUGCGGUGAGUGUGGGAAAGCCUUUACCCAAAAAUCAACACUCAGGAUGCAUCAGAGAAUUCACACAGGAGAGAGAUCGUACAUAUGUACUGAAUGUGGGCAGGCCUUCAUCCAGAAGGCGCACUUGAUUGCCCAUCAGAGAAUCCAUACUGGAGAGAAGCCUUAUGAAUGCAGUGACUGUGGGAAAUCUUUCCCUUCUAAGUCACAACUCCAGAUGCAUAAGCGAAUUCACACAGGAGAGAAACCCUAUAUAUGCACUGAAUGUGGGAAGGCCUUUACCAACAGGUCAAAUCUCAACACUCACCAGAAAUCUCAUACUGGAGAGAAGUCUUAUAUAUGUGCUGAGUGUGGAAAGGCCUUCACUGACAGGUCAAAUUUCAAUAAACACCAGACAAUUCAUACCGGAGAGAAGCCCUAUGUUUGUGCUGAUUGUGGGAGGGCCUUCAUCCAGAAGUCAGAGUUAAUGACGCAUCAGAGAAUUCAUACUACAGAGAAGCCUUACAAAUGUCCUCAGUGUGAGAAAUCCUUCUCUAAGAAACCACAUCUCAAAGUACAUCAGCGAAUUCACACAGGAGAGAAACCAUACAUGUGUGCAGAAUGUGGGAAGGCCUUCACCGACAGGUCAAAUUUCAAUAAACACCAGACAAUUCAUACUGGAGAUAAACCCUAUAAAUGCAGUGACUGUGGAAAGGGCUUCACUCAGAAAUCGGUCCUAAGUAUGCAUCGCAAUAUUCAUACAUGAAAGUCACCCUUUUUCUUACAAAUGAGGAAGGCUUACCACAGAAGUUAGGACCAAGUGUGUGUUAGAAAAUCCAUCCAAGACAGAUCCUAUAUGAAGACACUGCAUAAUAAAAAGCAUUCAUCAGGCUCUCUCACCUGAGAUGAGAAAAAUUAUUCAAAAGAGACCCUCUACGAAUGCAUUGAAUAAAAGGGACUUUUCAUAUUUGCAUGGCCUCGCAUAUAAUAGAAUUCGUACUGGGAAAAAUGCUGUCAGUUUGCUGCAUUCGGAAGAGCCUUCCUCUAGAAAGUAUUGUAAGGCAAAGUGUUACCAAAUUCUUUGUAGAUGGAGUGAGCGAACGUAUGUGACAGUCAUGGUUACUGUGUUAUAUUAAGCAAUGUAAAGUGGCAAGAAAAUGAAGAACAACAAAAUACUGUAUUUGAUGUGUAGACCUACUCUCAGUUCCGUAGGGUGUUUGUGGCAGAACACAUUACAGAACAGGAUGAAUCAUUGAAUUGAAAUUCUUCUUUGAAUUUAAUAUAAUUGUGUCUGUCACAUAUCUUUCCUAUUGAAUCCUCGUGUGAAUCCACAGUUUUAAGGUCAUUAUGGAUUGAUAGAGACACACAUCUGCAGAUAUAAUCUCACUUGAACACAUAAAUAUCCUAUCAUUCAUACUUGUUUCCACGACAUCAUUUGUUUAUUAUCUUUCAUUGUGGUACAAUGCAAAAUAGCCACAGACCUCUCCCAUCCUUUUAUGCAUAACCCUUUGCAAUGUUACUUGUUUUUUUUUUCUUUUAUGAAGAGGUAGAGCUCUCUCUACUCCUUGACUCUGAGCUUGGCCAUGUGAUUUGCUUUGGCCAAUGUACAUUAGCAAAGAGAUUCAAGAGGCUGGAGAAAAGUUUGCCUUGAGCCUUAUCUUCUCUUGCUGCUCUCUGGAAUUCUGAGACCUUCAUGUGAAGAAAUUCAGGAGUACUCUGCUGGGGGAUGAGAAGCCACAGAUGAGGCCUCUUAGACCAGCUUAGACAUGAGAGUGAGACUUUCCUCAACCUCCAGCCCCAGCCAAACUGGCCCACACCGAAAGAGCCAUACUAGUUACCCCAGCCAACCCGAAGAAUUACGAGAUACAUAAAGUGAUUCUUGUUUUAAGCUACUAAGUUUUGGGUAGUUUGUUGCACAGAAAAUGCCAAGUAAUACCUAAAAGUGUAUACUCGUGGGGGGGGCAUUAUACAAAACAUAAGACAUGUGGCAUUAGUUCUGGGCCUCGGUGGCAGGUGGAGACUGGAAACAUUGAGGAAAACUGUUAAGAAAGGCUGGAAAAGAUGGUAGCUCAUGUUAUUUACUAAGGAAAAGAAUAGCAAAACAGUCACCAUGCUCUGUGAGAAGAUAGAGAACAUACCAAACGAACUUGCAGAGAACGUUGGAAAUACCAAUUUGCUUCUUUUUAGCUGCAUAUGGUAAGGUACCAAAAGAGAGAGGAACUAAAGAAAUAACUGUUCCAUUUAUAAGCAGACUCCAGAAGAAAUACAAAAAAAGCCAGGACUUGCUGGGUUGGAAAAUAACUAUUUCUCACAUCUCCAAGUCUCUCCAGCCAUCAAAAUAUUCUCAAGGCGAAAAAUGGUCUCAGGGUAGAGAUCAAAUCAUGAAUGCGGCUAUAAGACCCUUUGUUAAAAUGUGGGAAAUAUGUAAGUUGGUGUUUGGGAGACUCUGUCAGCUAAACCAAAUGGCUUCUAAAAACUGCAUGACACUGUCCAUCCACGCCUGACACAUUGCUAAAGUAGAGAGGGACCUGUUUUAAAAAGAAUUGUCAAUGUGGCAUUCGGGGCGUGGACUAAAUACAAACGAGAUUCAUGGAAGAUCUAUGAAGUUUCUUAGUAGAGUUUUACUACCUCCGGGUUGGACUUAAAGGAAUUGAAACAGUCCAAAAUGAAAAGCAGCCUUGGACUACCUUCUCUAACUUCUAUGAACAUGAAACAAACAGAGAAAGUUACUCAGCUGCCAUUUCUUAUGGGAAAAGAAGGAUGUCUCAGAGAGAAGAUCCAAGAGCAAUAUAUUAAAAUGGACUGGGAAGCUAUUCCCAGGUAGAACUGGGACCCACUCAAGAAACAUCAUCCUCUGGAGCGGGGAGACAACAUUUGCUCUGUGGGACUGUGUUAUGGAACAGUGACUAAGAUGUGCCUCUUGUUCCUCCCUUCUUUUAAAUGAGAGUAUCUACUGCAGUUCACCAGUCCCUAUCUCACCGUUGUGUGUGUGUUGAGUGUGUGUGUGUAUGGGGAGGGCGGUGAUGGCCAUAUAACUUGUCAUUUAGCUCACAGGUCUCUGGAUCAAGAAACUGAGAAAUUGCACCCAAGGAGUUUCAGCGACAUCAGAACCUGAUAUGGAAAACUUGAGGUCCUGGAUUUGAGCCUGAUGCCCUAAUUUGGGAUGAGACAGUUGGAGGUCUUGGAAUGAGGGUGAACAUAUUUUGCAUGGUGUGGUAAUGUGAAUAAUUAAUGACCAGAAGAUAGAUUUUGUUAGAUAGAAAAAUGUUACAAAUUUCUACCCUCCCUAUAUGUGUGUCCCUUUUCAGUCUUAAUUUUGCUUUGUGUUUCAGUUGGGAUAAUUUCUAUUACCCUAUCUUCAGGUUCACGGAUUUUUAACCCCUACCCCAUUAGGUCUGUUUAACCCCUACUUCUGUUAGGUCUGCUGAUGAACCCAUUAAAGACAUUCUUCAUCUCA